AUUGUAUUUACAACGUUAAAAGACAUUGUAUUUACAACCUUAAAAGACAUUGUAUUUACAACCUUAAAAGACACUGUAUUUACAACCUUAAAAGACACUGUAUUUACAACGUUAAAAGACAUUGUAUUUACAACCUUAAAAGACAUUGUAUUUACAACCUUAAAAGACACUGUAUUUACAACCUUAAAAGACAUUGUAUUUACAACCUUAAAAGACACUGUAUUUACAACCUUAAAAGACACUGUAUUUACGACGUUAAAAGACAUUGUAUUUACAACGUUAAAAGACAUUGUAUUUACAACCUUAAAAGACAUUGUAUUUACAACCUUAAAAGACACUGUAUUUACAACCUUAAAAGACAUUGUAUUUACAACCUUAAAAGACACUGUAUUUACAACCUUAAAAGACACUGUAUUUACGACGUUAAAAGACACUGUAUUUACAACGUUAAAAGACAUUGUAUUUACAACCUUAAAAGACAUUGUAUUUACAACCUUAAAAGACACUGUAUUUACAACCUUAAAAGACAUUGUAUUAAAUUUUCAACGUAGAAGACAUUUUAUUUACGACAUAAGAGUUUUGUCGUUCGGUCCCUGGACAAUACACUAUCGAAAAAGUAAAGGACAAUGA